UCCUAUGUCAGGGUCCUAUCCGUGUCUACUCCCAGGGAGCUUGUUACCUGGCUUUGGGAGGCAAGUGACAGCCAGGCCUCCAGCAGUCUCGGGUGUGGUUCCAGUGCCCCAUCCACCCGCGGUCCCCACCCACUGACCUCGGCUCCCAGGCUGCCACUCCCAGAGCCCACAGGAUGCUCAGGGAGGCCAGCACACCCACCCCAGCUGUGCAGCGGCAGAUGCCAGGGCCUCUGCAGUAGAAGGGCCUGAGCCGGUAAAUGGGUGGGCAUGGAGUGGGGGCCAGAACCCUGCACGUUUGUGGGUUCCCCCCCACCACAGCACCCACUGCACCUGGGCCAGGGACUGAAUCCAAGCUGCAGCUGUGACCUACACAGCAAUGGCCAUGCUGGAUCCUUAACUGACUGUGCCGCAGUGGGAACUCCCCCACGUGCAUUUGUGAUUGUGUGAGAGGAUGUGGGAUUGUGUGUGAGAGUGAGCUGUGUGACUUGGUGUGUGCAAGUGUGUAAUGGGGGAGGGGAGAAAGGGCUUCCAGAUGGUGCAAACAGCCGUGCAGAGGCCCCGAGACAAAGACCUGCUGGGCCUUCGGGGAAGAAAAAUUGAUGUGCCAGGGUAGGAAGGAUGGUUGGAUCAUGUGGGGCUUUGGGGAGCUGCCAGGGCUUUGGCUCCUACUGUGAGUGACAUGGGGAGGGGUAGCCGCCUUUGGCAGCACUUUGCAAGGCUCGGCCCGCCCACUCUGUUAAGGAGGAGCAGCAGGAGCUUAGAGGUCAGUGCAGCGACGCAGGCAAGAGGCGUGAGAGGCACAGACCAGGGCACCAGGGCGAGGGCAGCAACGAUGGUACGAAGCCACUGGAUUCUGAUGAAUUCUGCCUACGGCAUUGUGUGGAAGGCACUGGAUCGGAGGACCGGCGAGGUUGUGGCCAUCAAAAAAAUCUUUGAUGCCUUCAGGAAUAAGACAGAUGCCCAGAGGACCUUCCGGGAAAUCAUGCUGCUUCAGGAGUUUGGGGACCAUCCCAACAUCGUCCGCCUCCUGGACGUGAUCCAGGCAGAGAAUGACCGGGACAUUUACCUGGUGUUCGAGUCCAUGGACACUGACCUGAACGCCGUGCUCCGCAAGGGCACGCUGCUGAGGGAUGCCCACAAGCGCUACAUCUUCUACCAGCUCCUGCGGGCCACCAAGUUCAUUCACUCAGGACGAGUUAUCCACCGGGACCAGAAGCCAGCCAACGUUCUUCUGGACGCCAGCUGCUCAGUGAAGCUCUGCGACUUUGGCCUCGCCCGCUCCCUCAGCGGCCUCUCCGAGGGGCCCGAGGGCCAGGCCCUGACAGAGUAUGUGGCCACACGCUGGUACCGAGCUCCGGAGGUGUUGCUGUCCUCGAGCUGGUACACCCCUGGGGUGGACAUGUGGAGCCUGGGCUGCAUCCUGGGGGAGAUGCUGCGGGGGCGGCCCCUGUUCCCCGGCACAUCCACGCUCCACCAGCUGGAACUGAUCUUGGAGGCUGUCCCGCCACCGUCCGAGGAGGAACUCCUGGCUCUCGGCUCUGGCUACAGCGCCUCGGUUCUGCAGCACCUGGCGGCCCGGCCGAGGCAGACCCUGGACGCACUCCUGCCGCCGGACACCCCCCCAGAGGCCCUGGACCUCCUCAGGCGACUCCUGGUGUUUGCCCCAGACAAGCGCCUCAGCGCAGCCCAGGCCCUGGAGCACCCCUACGUGCAGAGCUUCCACUGCCCGGCCCGUGAGUGGACACUAGAGGCGGAUGUGCAGCUCCCGCUGCAGGAAGGCGUCCAGCUCUCCGCCGCAGAGUAUCGCCGCCGCCUCUAUCAGGUGAUCCUGGAGCGCAGGGACGAGAGCCGCCUCCCGAGAGAGCCAGCCCGGGCGCCCCCUUUCAAACCCAAGGCCGACCCCCAGCCGCCCUCGGGCUGCCCGGCGUGGCUCCCCGGCCGCCGGCCUCAGAGGGACCCGGCUCCCACCCCCGCGCACCGAGUGAUCGCCGACACCACCCGCCGCGCCGCACCCGGGGCCCCUCAGCAGCGCGGGACUCCUAGCCCUGGGGCUUGGUCUCCCGACCCCACAGACGGCCCCGGCGGAGCCAAGAACCAUCCCAGGAGGAGCUCGGCCCCGCUGAACCCGCCUCCGCCCCCAGGAGGCCUCUGCAGAGGGGACGAGCCCCGUGGGGCGGCGGCAGGGCUCCCCUCCUGGGUGAAGCCCAGCGAGAGCGGACUGGCGCCCUCCCUGACCGCGCAGGCCGCCGCCCGGGUGACCCUCCGGGCCCUGACCCGGAGUGACCGGACCCCGGGCGGCGGGGCGGACGCGGCGGGCACGCGACAGGUCCCUCCCCGGCCUCCCCGGGAGGCCCAGCCUGAGCCCCGGCCCGGCCGCAGGAUGUUCAGCGCGGCCGCUUCGCAGGGGGCCCAGGGGGCCGCGCGGGCUGCGCUCGGGGGCUACUCCCAGGCCUAUGGGACCGUUUGCCACUCGGCGCUGGGCUGCCUGCCCCUGCUCCCCGGACCCCGCGCCUGAGCUGCCCUGCGCGUCUUCGGCCCGGCCUUCCCUGGCCUCUCAGCCCUGUGCCCCUCCCCCAGUCCCCACCCCAUACCCCAGCGCUCCCCACCCACCUUCCCCCCCCUGCCUCCUUUUGGCCACCCUUGAGCUCCCCCAGAGCCCUGGGCCUCUCUGGGGAAGCUGAUGAGGUUGACACCCCAGGCUCAAGCACCUCCAAUAAAGCCUUGUCUGUCCCCA